GAAGCGCUCGCGCCGUUAAAGCGCAGGGCGCAGGCGCGCGGCCGGGGCAGGCGCCGUGCGGGUUAGAUGGCGCACCACAAGGCCGCGGACUCCAAGCGGGAGCAGUUCCGCCAGUACUUGGAGAAGUCGGGAGUGCUGGACAUGCUCACCAAGGUGUUGGUAGCCUUAUAUGAAGAGCCAGAGAAACCAGAUAGUGCACUGGAUUUUCUGAAGCAUCAUCUGGGAGCUUCAGCUCCUGAGAAUCCAGAAAUAGAGGCACUUCGCUUGGAAGUGGCAGAGAUGAAAGAAAAAUACGAAGCUGUGCUGGAAGAAAAUAAAAAACUGAAAACCAAGCUGGCUCAGUAUGAACCACCUCAAGAUGAGAAGCAUGGUGAAUAACAGUAGUUUUUCCUUUAUUGCCUUGACUUAAUAAAGGGCUUCCUGAGAAAUGGUGUCUUGUGUGUGAACUCUGCAUUGUCUACUUUGUUACUUCAUUGUUGUAAAGAAAGAAUGCAUUGCCGUGGGCUUGCAGAUGCCUUGGCAAUGCUGAGUUAAGCAUACUGGCCAACGUUCUUGCUUUCUGUGUUUAAGAAAAGAUGAUAACUAACUUUCAGAUAACUGUGCUUGCCCACUUCAUGUAAUUUUCACAUCAUGGUCAAUGGUCCUGUUGAACUACGGAUCUGUCUCUUUGCUUUCUUUUAACUGAAAGGAGUGAUGUGACACUGAUGGGACAACUGUAAAUUAAAGUAGGACCUUCAAAUUACAUUCUGUGUUGGUACUCAGAACUGAGGUGAGACUCCUACUGAAGCUGCUGGGUAACAGCUUCUACUCAGAAGAGCAUAAAAUGAGCAAGUACAGUUAAGUGAUGGAUAUAGCACAGUGUGAACUGCAGUACCUACUGAACUCACACUUGAAUCUGCACGAGGUGCACCCUUCCCAUGCAGUUUGUCUCUGCUCCCACCACAGAAACUGGGCUUUAGAGAGUUGAUCCAGAUACUGCCUGUGCAGUUCUGAACAUAACACAAAAUCCUGUCUUGUGAUGGAAGUCCCGUGGUGUUAGAGUGGCACAUGUAAGACUACAGUGUGGAGAGUUCUGCUUUCUGAUUCAUCCAACAGGGAAAAGAAAAUCCAAGUGGGGGGGAUGUGGGUGUGACUUUUAUUAAUUCUGCCUAUGUUCCUGCUCCCCUUCCCUGAAUUGGUUUCAUGACUCUUCUGUAAUGCAAAGUAGUAAUUUAUUAAAAAAAAAUUAAAAUAAAUGAGUAUUAUUAUUUUAAAGAGCUGCAUUUAUUUCCUACCCUAAAAUUAAGUACUUAUAAAGGCAGCUGAUGACAGCAAAAAUAAAGGGGGAAAAUGAAAUGGCCUAAUUGUCUUAUGUAUUAGAUUUAUUGGCUGUUAGUCUGCAAAACCCAUCCUAAAAAUAAGGAAGUUAAACUAUCUUGAAAAUGAGGUAGGAUGGAUCAGAACUUUUGUUAGUCAUUAUAAUCAAGGACUAGUGAAUGCAAUGAUUGCUUACCUUACUAUUGGAUCUAUUGACCUCAACAGACCAGAAGAGAGGUAAAAUGAGGGGAAAAUACUGUUUUAACUCUGUAAAGCAUUAAUUAGGAAAAAAAGCUGCCCUGAACCAACAAACCAAAGCCAGACAAACAAA